AUGUUACAAAUUUUCCUGAAUGACUUUAUACACUAUGCUGUCAAUGCAUGUUUGUUCCCGCUAUGUGCGGCACACGGCCUGGCUAUCACAACUGUGGAAGGAGUUGGAAACCCUGCCACUGGGUUACACGCCGUUCAGCAACGAUUGGUGGAAUCUCAUGGUCUUCAGUGCGGUUUCUGCACUCCUGGUUUUAUAAUGUCAGCUUUUGCCUUACUGCGAAACAAUCCAAACCCGACACGUGACCAAGUUGAAAGCGCUAUUGAAGGAAACCUUUGUCGAUGCACGGGAUACCGGCCUAUUCUAGAUGCAUUUCUAACAUUUACCGAGGACGGAUGUCCAAUGGGUGAGGCAUGCUGUAAAAAUACACGCUCUGUAGAAAGUAACCAAGACAAAAGUAAAAAGGAACUGGUCACUGAUGAUGAUGAUAAACAGGUUGCAAUAUUUCCGCCAGAACUUCAGUUACGUGAACAAUAUUUCGACAAAGAGGAACAUUUCACGAAUGGGCGAUACACAUGGUACCGGCCAGUUAACUUGCAACAGCUAUUAACCCUCAAAGAAAAAUAUCCACGGUCUCCAAUUAUCAUGGGCAACACAACAACAGCACGUUACGUGGCGAAUGGCGCUUUUGAUGAUGAAAAGGUUCUUCUUUAUGGAGGUGAUGUUGCCGAUAUGAAAGGCGUUACCACCACAAAAGAUGACAUUAUAGUAGGCGGGGCAUGCACUAUAUCUGAACUUGCUGAACAUCUCCAAAAUGCAACGGAAAACCUCAAAGAUGAUCAGAGGAGGCACGUAACGGUUCUUCUAGAAAUGAUAUCUAGAUAUGGAUCUGAACAAAUCAGAAAUGUUGCGACUCUAGCUGGUAGUUUGAUGUGUGGGCGUAACGAUUCUGAUAUUAAGACUUUGUUUAAGGCAAUUGGCGCCAAAGUACGAAUUGUAUCAUUAAAACGGUCAAGGGUUGUGCCUUUGCACGAUCUCAGUAUACAGGAUGUUGAAGUCAUUACUGAAAUCCACAUACCAUUGGCUUCAAAGGAUGAAAUUAGUGCUUUCUACAAGCAGUCGGAAAGAAGAUCUUUCUCCCUGGCAAUUGUCAAUGCUGGGAUGUUUGUAAAGAUGGGUCCAAAGAAUGAUACGAUCGAAACUCUAAGGUUAUGUUAUGGUGGCAUUUUCAAAGAAGAACAGGUUAUUGACAAAGUAACUUCAGUUGCAGCUGGAAGAAAAUUUGACGACAGUUUACUUCAUGAUAUUUUGACUGUAAUAAGCGAGGACCUUAGCAUUGACAAAAGCCAUACUAUAGUUACAUACAAGGUUUCGGUGGCAUCAGCCCUGUGGUUUAAAUUUUUCAACUCGGUACAAGCUGAAUUACAGCUGCACGAACAAGACUAUAGUUUAAGCCGUCCAGUUUCCCUACCACCCUAUAGUAGCACUCAGGUGUUCGACCCGUGCACUGGUGAAGAUCAAGCAGGAAGCGAUGCUUUAGGGAGAACUGUACCUAAUGUCCAUUCGGAAGCUGCCGUGUCAGGGGAAGCCAUCUAUGUUGAUGACCUACCAGUGCAUCAAAAUGAGCUAUUCGCCGCCCUUGUCCUAAGUAAAGUAGCACAUGCGAGGAUUAAAACGGUUGACACAACACAAGCCUUAAAGCUUAAAGGUGUUCGUGGAUAUAUUGAUCAUACAGACAUCCCUGGAAUAAACAAGUUUGGUCUGUUAAUACCAGAUCAUGAGGUUUUCAGCUCAGGAGAAAUUUUAGCAUUUGGUCAGCCAAUCGGAGCAAUUAUUGCAGACACCAGAGAAGUUGCACAACGAGCUGUGUCCUUGGUGAAUGUUCUGUACGAGGAGAUGAAGCCCAUUAUAACGAUAGAGGAUGCUAUAGAGAACAAUUCUUUUUAUGGCGAACCACAAGUAUUGAUAGAUGGAGACAUGGAAAAAGGAUUCACUGAGUCUGACAUUGUGAUUUCAGGCGAAUAUCAAACUGGAUUACAGGUAGGUUUUUUAUGUUGAAUAGAUAAGAUCAUAGCCAAAUACAAAUAAAAGAAAACGUAAAAAUAUCA